AUGAAAACUGACGAAGCUGUUUCGAAUGAGUUGAACGUGGUAAUGCUUGGAUCACCACAGAAAAAUAUUUUGUUUGAAAAAUUGUGUCAAGCUGCCACCAAAUAUGAACGACAUGUCCACUAUCCGGAUGUACAUUAUUUGACUGUGGAUUGUAACGGAAAACAAGAACUACUAGAAUUCACCGAUCCAGGACUUGCACACACCGGUGGUCGAGAAAUGGCGAUAAGACGUGCUGAUCUUGCGUUAUUGUUUUAUUCAGCGCUUUCGCUUAAUUCACUUCAUCAUUUACAAGCGCUCGAAGAGGAUUUAGCAUUCAAAAAGAAUCUUCCUUUACGUUUGGUUUGCGAUUCUGAUGAGGUUGUUGAGGAUGAAGAGGACGGCGAAUCCACAGGAAUUAGUUCAGUUUCGGAAGGAUAUGAAUCCGAUCCAGAACGAGAAGGUCGUAUUCGUAGACGGAAUUCUAUGGAUAAAAUCCGGAAAGCACACGAAGAUGGUGGAAUGGCAGUUGAGCAGGGUCAACAAUGGGCGAAUGAAAUGGGCCCGAAUUGUGAGUUUAUCACGAUUUCUUCAUCGCAAUUCAGUGAUGGGAAGAUUUUCCUGGAACAAAUAGUAUCUACAAUAAGGAAUAAUCGAAGAGCGAGAGGUGUUUCACUGAUAAAACGAUUGAGGUCACGCGACAAGUCGUCGCCAAGAAAUCCUGAAAAGACAUCACCACGAAAAACUACGUCACCGAAACUUACAAAAGGUUCACGUGAGAGUUCGAAGUCGAUUGGGAGUUCAAGCUCAGGCGACCAUGAGAACACGUCUAAAUUAUUAUUAUUAUUAUUAUUAUUAUUAUUAUUAUUAUUAUUAUUAUUAUUAUUAUUAUUAUUAUUAUUAUUAUUAUUAUUAUUAUAA